AACCAAAGAAGCUUUCUACCGUAUCGUACAGGCCUACAUGACACUGGCCAUCUUCGAAAUUGGGGGAAAAACAUGGAAAUGAGAGAAAGUUUUGCCACUAAGUAAAGUCUGCAGUGACAAGAAAGCAUGGGCAAAAAGGGCAAGAAGAAAGAAAGUGGCAAGAAGAGCGGGAAGAAAGGAGGGAAGAAGAAGUCUUCUGAGCCCCAGAUGACGAUCCAAGAAGCCAUCCUAGCAUACCAAAUCAACAUCAAGGAGCAAGCGCUGGAGGAAUUCAUGUACGAAAUCAAAGGACUAGAAGAAAAGAACCAAAAACACAAAGAAAGGAACGAGCGUCUCAAGGAGGAGCAGCUCUACCACAUCAGCACCCUCCUCAAGCAGGCCAAGGAGAGAGACAAGGAGCUGGAGCAGGUCACCGUCGUCAACAAGGAGCACGUCGAGGAGGCCCUCAAGGAUAAAUGGAAGGCGGCCAAGGAAGAAGAUCAAAAGAUCGAAGACCUGAAGGGGGAGAUCGCUCAGCGGGCGGCUGAGCUGGAGGAGGAACUAGUGACGGUGGCCAAGUGGCAGGAGUACAGAAACAAAGGCCAGCACGAACACGCCAAGCACAUCAAGUUAUUGGAGCAGGAGCUCUUGGACAUGCAAGUCAGCUUUGACGAAAUGAAAGCUCAUCUAGAGAGAACCCUGAACGUGGCCAAAGAUGAAAUCCACAAGUCCACCGAGGAGCGACUGAUGGAACAGAAGCACAUUGCAUCAGAAAAAGCGAUGACCACACUCGACAAAUGGAGCACGCAAGAAGUGAAAGACAACAAGUGGUUGAAGAAAGAGGCGGAGCUUCAUCGGGUGGAAGCUGAGCGUCUGGUGGAGGAAGUAGAGGUGCUGGAGAAGGAGAACCUAGAGAUCAUGAGCAGGUUGUUUGACUGCCGCAUCCAGGACCUCAAAAUUUCUAGGAAUUUCUACCUGACCCAGUUUGGUGAGGGAGAGGACAUUGACGACGGGGGAAUACUGGAAGAGGACCUGAGCAAGAUGGACCUGGAGAGUCCCGACAAACCCCUGGCGAUUGGGGGUGCAACACAGGGUCCAGCAAAAGCACCGCGUCCGAAAAGCGCCACCCAGAGAGCAGUAGAGGCCAAGGUGUUCUCUCUUGCCGUCAAGGAGCAGUGGGAGGAAGAUCUGGGAGGCAGCUGGGCCGACGUCAACCAACUGGACAACUACUUGGAUUACGAAGACGAAAACUUUGAUGACUACUUGAACCUGGGUCCAGUAGAACUCAAGCUCCUGCGAGUGACCGGCCACAAGAUGACGGUGCACAAGCCCAAGAAACUCACGGAUGAAGAGGAAGAGGCCAAACUGUCUGCCCCGGACGUCUGGCCUGUCACCCCCGAGAUGCUGAAGACGGUGACCGACGUGUGAGUACGGUGUCAGUGUGUGAAGACGUCACGUCCUCAUUCUGUAUGAGGACAUUACAAUUCAUAAAUGUGUUUGGACGGCACCAGAUUCAGGAAGUUUACUGUUGACAAUUGGUAUUUAACGUUGGCAUGGUUGAGAAGAGCCUUGCUAUGUUAAAAAUGAAAGGUUCCUAAUCGUAGCUAUGCCCCAGGGCAUUUUUGGACUAUACAGAGUGACAGGUCUGAACAUUCACAUCCAAAGUUCCCUCUAUUUACAAUUAGGAAUUAGGCCAUUUUAUUUUAGCCUAUUGCAUGAAGAUUGUCCAGAAGUAAAAGUUGUGAACUUAACUUGUUGCCUCAUUUGAAGGUAUUGGCAUGGACUGUCAGAUUUAAGAUUCAAAAGUAAGCUGUAGAAGUGGCAGCCCAUGGAGGCAUGUCCAUGUGAUUAUAUCCAAAUUAAUUUCAUUUUAUGACACAUAUUAUAAUUAUGAAAAAACAUGUUAAGGGAAAUUUAAACAGAGCCGUUGGGCUAUUCAAAUAGAAUGUUUUGUUUUAAACAAGAUCUUCUUUUUGGUUUGCUGCAUGUGGAGUUCCAUUUAUCUUAUUCAUCUUUGAUUCCAUCAAACCCAUCCACAAAGUUUUGAUGGGUUUUGGAAGAUUGUGGAAGGUCAACCCAGGAACUGUUACUUCACUUGAGGCUUGAUAAUGCCUCUUAAGUUGUUGAACAAAAGAUGCCCUGGGAAUUAGGAGAAAUUUGGCAAGUCCUAAAUCUACGAAAUGUGAUGGACUUUGGUGGAUUUAGAUAGAAAUGAAGUCUAAAUAAUCUUGUGUGUUGUAUCAAGCAGUACACCAGAAUAAGCCAAGAUGAACAGUUGAACAAAGACAAGUUGCAAAACAAAACCAAACAAAAAACUUUUAGAAUAGUUUUUUUAUUACGUAUUAUCUUUUGAGUAUGCAGAAUGCUGAUAGAGGUGAAAGUGAUUUGGGAAGGAUCAAAUUAAAUUGCACCAAUUUAUGCAAGAAAUCCACUGAAACUAAAGAAACACAAUAUACCUUCAUUGGAUAAUUUCUAUUUAUUGAAAUAUGUGUUUAUAAUAAAUUCAAACUUUAUGAAUCCACAUGCAUGCUCAUGGAAAACAUUGUAUAGUGUACAGAAGUUGAAGUUCCGUUUUUGAAUAUUCGUUAAUGUAUACCUGCAAGGAUAUUUCAGCAUGGUAUGCAAUGUGCAAAUGAAGUCCAUGGUAUCUGAACAGACUGUAUGAAUCAAAUUAAAAGUAUGAUAUAAAUCACAUGAAUGUUCUGGUGUAUAUUACCUUA